GUGGCUGUUUCCCGCGCGUUCUUCCCUGUUUCUCUCCGGGUCUCUCUCUUGGCAAGUGGUCCGCGGGCGAAGACUUCCAGAAGCGGCCUCGGAAAACCGGCUCGGGCGGGGCGGGAAGGCGCAGGCAGCCGGUGUCACCGACAAGCUCAGACACCCUCCCUGCCUGGCCGCGCCUCUGCGACCAGGUGACCCAAUGAAGGAAGAAAAUGAAAGGCAUUAAGAAAAGUCUUACAGAAGAACAUCUAUAUUUGGACUUUUCUCACCAAAUAGAAGGAUGCAUCUUUCCCCUUCACACAUCUGUAACUUUAUUUUUGUUAUCAUACUGUGAUUGCAAAAUCUUUAAAGUUUGCUUAGUCCUCACCAGAGAAAGCACAGAUAUUUCACUAAAAAAUGUACUGUCCCAGCAUGUCGAAGUACAGAUUAUUUCAAGACAAGAGCUUCCACCAAUAGUCCAGAAUUGCUGUUUACCUGCAGUAGUCGAAAGACCAGAAACUUUUUGUAGAGCAGGACUUGCUGUUGUACUGAGACACAUAAUCCAGAAAUCAUAUGAAACAGACCCCUCAAAGAAGGAAAUUUUAGAACUUCUGGGUUUUAAGAAGACUUGCUUGAAAGCCUGUGCUGAAGUUAGUCAGUGGACCAGACUAUGCGAAAUCACCAUCCCUUUAGCUAUUGAGAAUUUUCUCAGAGAAUCUUCUGACCAGCACCCAGCUAUCCCUGCAGAAAUACUGCAGCUGGAGAAAAAGCUUAGUGAACCUGUGAGAGUACAUAAUGAUGACAAACUCCGGCGGCAGAAGCUGAAGCAACAGAAGGCUGCAGGGCUUGGGCCUUACCUUGCUGAGGAAAAAAUGAAGAGUGAGGUCCACAGACAAGAAACAUCUGAAGAAUUGGACCUCUCAUCCCUGAACCUGGAACUGAAAGUUGCAGUCCCCAAGCUGGCAGUACAUGAAGAACCAGCCACUACCAACAGGGAGCCUUCUCACAUCAGAAAAGCAAAGGCCUCUGACCUUCCACCUCUAGAACAUGUGUUUGCAGAAGGCCUGUACUUCACUUUGGCAGAUAUUGUGCUCUUGCCCUGUGUCCAUCAUUUUUUGGUAAUUAUCUGCAAGAAACUUUCUGAAAAGCUGAUAGAAUUUCCACUGCUGGCUGCUUGGUACCAGAGGAUGCAAGAAGUGCCAAGAGUACAAACAGCAGCAGCUCAGUGUGGUAUCCAAUUUCUCCAUUUACCAGAGUUGCUGACCACCUCAAAUGAACAGCAUCCAAACUUACGUGAGGCCCCAGGUGUAGAGGAGCAAAACGAUCCUUUGUUUAUAGGAGGACCAAGACCCACUAUGACCAAGUUAAUGGAAAAAGGCAUUGAAGUGAUGUUUUCUCCUCACCCUUGCCCUUCUUGGACCCUUGACUGGAAUAAUCUUCCUGCAGCAGUGAGCCCCAAAGAAGGUGAGUUUGGUUUUUUUUCCUCCUUUAAAUUUUAUUUGUAAUCUGGGUACCCCAUUCAGAUCUGUCUUCCAAAUCUCUAAUUCUCUCUUUGGCUAUAUUUAAUACUCUGAUAAUACUACUCAUUGAGUUUUCAUUGUAUUUUUAUUAGAAAAAUUUCAAAUAUACACAUUGCCUACAUUUAACAUUUCCUACAUUUGCUGCAUUUAUUCCUUUUUUUUCUUUGCUGAAUAUUUCGAAGGAAAUUCCAGGUAAUAUGUCACACUGUAGUACCCAUAUCUAAAGAGUAUUGACAUCUUAAAUUAUCACCAUGUUAUUAUCACACCACAGAAUUAAAAUUCCUUGCUCCUGUAAUGCCCAGUCCAUAAUCAUCUUCUGCUAUUUGUUUUUUUCUGUUGACUUCACUCCUGGUUUCUUAUUUCACUGUUAGUUUUGUUAUUUUAGAUUGUGAAUUCAUUUUUUUGGCUACCUAAAUCUGUAGGAAUCUUGUGGAGCUAGGUUAGGAAUAAAUUACCAUAGAAAGGACUUAUAUUUAUUUAUGCCAGGCAUCUCAAGUUACUAGAACUUAAGACUACUUAGCAUUAUUUUUUCAGUUUGAGAUUUCUUCAGCCUUUUCUAUCAGGAGCUGAGGUUUAAGCAGACAUGUUACUUUUUAUCAUCUUACUUGACUGUUGAGUAGGACUUUUUUUUUUAGUGAUUAUUUUCUUAAGAAAUAUAACUUUUCAAGUUUCUGCUUUUAUGUAGUGAUAUUAGUUCCCACUCCCUACCAUUAUAGGAAUCACAGACUAGCCUCUUUGUCUUUCUGUUAAAGCCUAGAUCCCUAUUAUUAGCAAAUAACUUCCUAGCAUCAGUGGUGUCAGUUUAAGAUUACUACACUGCUUUUUCACUCCUUUUUAAGGCUACAUGGAUCUCCUUUACUCUCAGAAAUCUGUUAGACAUAUAAAAGGAUGAUUGUUGAAUUUUAAAUACUAUUUUAGGCAUUUUUAGAUGGAGAACUCUUUUAAAGCUCAAUGUACUAUUUAUUUAAUUGUCCACCUAUUCUUUA